GAUGAUAAAGUUUCUUCUCGUGUGCAAAUUGGCUCAUUAGCAGAAUGUAACGGGAAAUUAUUGGUUGCUGAGAAAUGGGGUGAUCUUCAUGUUCUGACAGAUGACAACAAAACGUGGGAGACUUUUGUGAGAUACCAGGGUGACAUACGGCGUGUGGUGGCUUUUCAAGACACGUGUUUAGUGUUGGUUAAAGACGAAGUGAAAAACCAUUUUGUAAUUGAGCAAUUUUGUAUGGACGAUGAGAGUAAAUGGCGACCAGUUACAGUGCUGCCAAAUGAACAGCAAUUGUCAUGUGUAUCAGUUGCACUACAGGGCAACUUUCUGUAUGCUGUGGGUGGCAUAGCCAGUUCAGACUGGAAAAGAGCAAGCACGGCCCACGUUUUCGAUCUAAACGCAAAUCGGUGGACCAUAUUGGAAGACAUGCUGACAAACCGAUCAGGUUCCUCGUGUGUCGUUUUCAAUGAUUCAGUCUACGUAGGUGCGGGUUGGACUGACAACGCAGAGCCAUGUCAUACAGUUGAGUGUCUUCGAAAGGGAAGCAGGUAUUGGGAAGAGUUCGCUUCCUAUCCCAUUCCAAUGUCUACGAUGACAUUGAUGAUGUUGACAUCGUGUCAACAGGAGGACAGAAUGACGAUUAUUCACUUUUGAAUGAGGUGCAAUGGUUUGAUGAAAGAUUGAUGCAGUGGCAUCCUCUUCCUCCUAUGACACGAAAGAGGAGUUGGCAUGGUCUGCUGUCAACUGAGCGUGGAAAGAUUAUUGCAGCAGGUGGAGAGAGGGUUAGUGCAAAGGACAGCAGUGCUCAGCAGUCUUUGGAGAGUUUGCAAAUUAGUGACCUAUGACAGUGAGCGUAUCACAUAGCAUCUAAGAUGCGUACGUAGGACACAAAGAAAUAUUUUUGUCUGCUUUUGUCUCUGGCUUAGCUAUCUGGCUGUUAACUCGUUCACUAAAAUGAGUUGUUUUCAUUUUUAGUAGAUUAAAUUCUGUUUGCAGUUUGUAACCGAAUUGUGACUGAUUAUAUAGGUAGAGAUUUGCUUGUUCUUAGUAAUCUGAAUUUCAAUCAAUUAUUUGCAACAUGAUCAUAAG